AUAGUGCCUUAGACUUGCUUAUAGUCGAUCGAUUACAUCAUUGUUAUUAGAAUACUUUCAAAUUAUUCGAAUUUUUUACUUGAUAAAUUUACGAAUAUUGGUACAAUAGUAAAAUGCGAUUAUCAAGCAUACUGUGUGGCUUCAGAAAAAAAUUACCUCCUGGGAACAUCUGGACCGGGAAACAUCGAAUGGUAUACAAGCAUAACGAAGAGAAUGCGGAAAGAUUACGAAAAAGGUUUGCCAUUGAAGAGCAAAACAUGUUUUAUCUGAGACACUCCUUUUUAACACAUGAAGAAGAAAAGGGAUUUUCAAGGGAGUUGGGAAAACAUGAGAAGUGGCUAACUGAAAAAGUAAAAGAAAAGCAAGCAAGGCCUUACCGACCACAUGUAACUCUUGAGGAGCACCUUGGAGGUGCACUAAUUGUUACAAAUAAAUGGGAUUGAAUCAACAUCAAUGUCAUUUGUAUUUAGUGAAUAAAACAUAAAAUUUUUUUCAAAUAA